CAACAACGAUGAAUUCCAACGCCGUCGCACUGCUGCUGUUCGUGGCAUUGGCCGUAUGCAUCGGGGACAGUGCCGAAAUACCGCCGCUGCCGGUGCAGGACGACCAGAACGGUGCAUCGUCGGCGGAGACACAGGACUCCUAUCUCGGCGUGAAGCUGUACAAAGUGGAACGACCGUGCGCCAUGCUCGGCGGUUUGUGCGUCCAGACCAGCGAGUGCAGCCAUCGGACGGCGAACAGUGGCCUGUGCCCGGAAAAUGCACACCUCGGCGUGGAUUGCUGCUACGAGGUAAAACCAGCCAAAAACCUCACCUGCCACGAGUUCCGGGGAGCCUGUAUGGACCGCUGCGCUCAAGCCCUCCAGCGGCCGGCCACCGACUGCACCGAUGGGCAAACGUGUUGCGUGUUGGUUGGCUAGGGUGCGGGGAAAAACCCCCAAAAAGGCGCCCCGAACAAGCAGAACAUUGAAUCGUGGAUCUACGCUCGGAUGAACAAACCAUUUGCUUGACGUACAGAAAGGGGCGCGAGGGACAGGUCAGGCUUUCAAAACGUUUUUCAAUGACUAGGAGUGGAGGUACGGUUGCUUAAAUUGAUCUUAUUAAAUGAUGCUAGUUUAAA